AAUUAUAUUUACUUCUCGUUUGAAUAUCAUUAUGAAACACGGGACCGGAAGUCGUGUAUGUUGUUCAGUGUACCUUAACAGUACUACUAGAAAGGGGCAGAAGGCUCUCCCGGAACUCUGCAGCCGCAUCGGCUCUCAUAAUUUCAACAUCGGGGUUCGGUCCAACAUGGCGGCUUACGGAUGGAAAUACUGAUGACAGUCCGAAAGAUCGCCUCGAUUUGUACGAUGGGCGCCAAUGCCUCUGCCUUGGAAAAGGAGAUUGGACCGGAACAGUUUCCCGUUAAUGAACACUACUUCGGAUUGGUCAACUUUGGCAACACCUGCUACUGUAACUCAGUGCUGCAGGCUCUGUAUUUCUGUCGGCCGUUCAGGGAGAAGGUGUUGGCGUACAAGGUGCAGCCACGUCGUAAGGAGUCCCUCCUCACCUGUCUGGCCGACCUGUUCAACAGCAUCGCCACGCAGAAGAAGAAAGUCGGCGUCAUCCCUCCCAAGAAGUUCAUCUCACGACUGAGAAAAGAAAAUGAGCUGUUUGACAACUACAUGCAGCAGGACGCCCACGAAUUCCUCAACUACCUCCUCAACACCAUCGCAGACCUGCUCCAGGAGGAGAAGAGCCAGGAGAGGCAGCAGAAUGGAAAGCUGGUGCAGAAUGGAGGAGGAGGAGGAGGAGGGAGUGAGGGAGGAGGGGGAGGAGAAGGGGAAGGAGGAAAGGAGGCACAACAGACGUGGGUCCACGAGAUUUUCCAGGGAACGCUGACCAACGAGACGCGCUGCCUCAACUGUGAAGCCGUGAGCAGUAAAGACGAGGACUUCCUGGACCUGUCGGUGGAUGUGGAGCAGAACACGUCCAUCACGCACUGUCUCAGGGGCUUCAGCAACACAGAGACGUUGUGCAGUGAAUACAAAUACUACUGUGAGCAGUGUCGCAGCAAACAGGAAGCCCAGAAGAGGAUGAGGGUAAAGAAGCUGCCCAUGAUCCUCGCCCUCCACCUGAAGCGCUUUAAAUACAUGGACCAGCUGCACCGCUACACCAAACUGUCCUAUCGCGUCGUCUUCCCCCUGGAGCUCCGCCUCUUCAACACGUCCGGGGACGCCACCAACCCCGACCGCAUGUACGACCUGGUGGCCGUCGUGGUUCACUGUGGCAGCGGUCCCAACCGCGGACACUACAUCACCAUCGUCAAGAGCCACGGCUUCUGGCUGCUGUUUGAUGACGACAUCGUAGAGAAAAUCGACGCGCAGGCGAUCGAGGAGUUCUACGGCCUGACGUCGGACAUUUCCAAGAACUCUGAGUCGGGAUACAUCCUGUUCUACCAGUCCAGAGACUGAACCAGCCGGCCGUAAAUCCCCAACAGACUGUCGCUCAACAGAAGGGGGAGGCACUUAAGGCCGCUGCCGACUCCGCCCAGUACGCUCACAUAAGUAUCCAGGCUUUAUUCCCUGUAGGCGGAGCUUCGCACUGGAGCGCCACUCGGAUCGGUCGAGACGUGUUCGGGUUUGCGUGCCAGCCUCCUGGAUUACGACCGUUCAAAUCCUCUGAGCCCACACUGCAAAAAUAAAUAAAUUAAUAAAGUAAUUAAUAAAAAAAAAAAGAGCACCUUAAAGAAACAAGAUGGCUGAAUCUGUAAAAGACUCGCUUUGCACUGGGGCAUCAGCUGCCAAGGCUUGACGAACGCCAAUCCAAGAGGCUGACACACAGCGGCCCAAUCCGGAGGCAAAAGCAGUUUGAGAUGACGCAGAGCAACCAAUCAGCUGUUUCGGACGAGACGCUAGAGCAACUUCUGAUUGUGAUCCUCCUCGUCACGUGUCAUCGCCGCCAUCUUUUGUGUGUGCGUGCCGCAACGCAUUGAAUUAGCUUUUACGCUAACACCGCAGGAAGAAGAAAAACAAAAUCGUCCUCCCAAACUAAAAUCUUUUCAUAUCCUAAUUAUGUGGUGACUGAAAACCCUAAACGAGGAAGUCUGAAGUGGACUCAUCUCCCUCGAUUCUUUUAAAAUCCCUUAAGAGAGUUCAGGGACCGGAUGUGUGGACGAGUCCGCGUGUAAAUGUAGGUUUUUAUGGUUUAUUCUCAAACUAAGUUUUACACUGCCAAGCUCGCCAGGCUUCCACCCGACUGGGCCGCCCCAGAUGAACAAGCAAGCCCACCCCGUGAUCACGGUUUGGUACUCAGCUGAGCCGCUUGAGCUUCGGGUCGAGGAGCAUCUGAACGUUAAACGCGUGUAGUAAAACAAAAACAUGGCAGAAGGUCCUGCUGGCCCGUCAAGAAAAGCACUUCUGACAACAUGGGCUCGUAGCUGAAGCAGGAAGAAACGUGAAGUAACGUGGAGUUUGGGUUUGCUGAGCGCGUUUUUGCGUUACAAAGCGGAUGCGACGGCUUGUAUGAACGUAACGAUAAAGUAAUAAAGUCAGCAUCUUAACUCGUCAUGUGUGAGGUUCAAGGUCAGCUCGUUGGACUCAAACUUAUCCCAAACGCUCCCCAUUCGUUCACUGGGUCAAAACGUAUUUCCUUUUCCUGUCCGUGCUGCUCUUAAACGCAUCUAAUCCGCAUGAAGGGAAGACGCCGUGCGUGGCGUGGGACGCGUUUCGGCCAUGGCUGCGGGGUCACACGUGGACACUAACGCAAUCUGUGGACUCCUGUUUCUCAGCUGCUGUCUUAAAUACCAAAUGAUGUGUUCACAUUUAAAGUUUUCUUUUUUAGUGUAACUGAACAAAAACAAGCACAACUGAAGCGCGUUGUUUGUGGGGGCGUCCACAGACAGUUUGGAGCUGGUUGUGAAUCUGGUGGCUCUUCUUUUUAAUUUAAAUACUAAUUAUGUUAUUAUUAUUAUUAUGAAUGUUUAUGUUAUAUUUUCUUAGACAUUUCACUUGUUUUUUUCUGUGAUAGAUUUCACUAAUCGUAGUCGUCUGCAGGUUGUUUUGGUUUGAUUUGGGGGCGCGUGGCCAGAGUUGUUCAUGUGUACAUAAAUGCAGAUGCUGUUAUUGGCGUAUGAAUAUUCGCUUGCUUGAAAUAAUCGGCAGACCUUGAUCGAAACACUUUUGUUCUGAUAACCAAUCGAUAUGCGGGCUUGUUUGUUUAUAGACGUAACAGGCCAACGGCGACGCGGCUCACAUUUAAUCUGACGGACUGCAAACGACACACAAACGACUGAUUUAAUUAAGUUACUCUUAUUUUGAAGGAGUUCUGCAUGGAAACUGCUGUGCAGGAAGUGACUGACCAAAAAAAAGUCCUUUGUGUCACUGUUAAAGGAAAAAUCCACCAAAAAACCCAAACAACUUCUCAGUCUGUUUUCAUAAAUUUAGUGUUUGAUUGGCUUCACUUCGCUUUGGUUGUUUGAAAGUUUGAGUUUGUGCUCUGAAAAAUUCUUAACAAAAACUGACAUCUGCAGGUGGAUUUGUUUUCCUUCAACAGAUUUAACUGUUCUGUCCUCUGAAAUGUCCCUUCAGGGCUUCGGUCGUCCUCAUCGCUCCCUCUUUUUCAGACUCACCAAGAAUGUAAACGGUUUGAGAGUGUGUGUGUGUGUGUGUGUGUGUGUGUGUGUGUUAACACUCCGAUUUUGUACGUCGGCAAUGAGAGUGCAAAGUGACAGCAGCCUCACAGACAGAAACAACAAACUAUUAUUUAUAAAGUAUUUCGUUUGUUAUCAUUUUGCAAACGUGACACUGAGGGGAAAAAUUAAAGGCUUUGUUUGCAUUCAGAUUCGGCGGGUAAAAAGUCAGGGUGGCUUGAGGCCUCUCUGAAAGGUCUGCUCUUACUUUGGCACCAGUUUCAGACUGGAGGCUUCUGUCGCAGACACUUUAAUUGGCCCUGAGGCGGCACGGAGUCUGAGACGUGAAGACCGGAGUCCUCCGAGUCCUCCUCGUCUUCCUCCGAGUCGCCCUGUGGGCUGCUGUCUGAAGGUGAAGUUUGGGAAUGACAGCCGUUCUGAUGGUGUCCAGACUGUUUGAAAUAAAACCCAAACUGGUUUCGAAGAUGGAACAAA